AAAAGUCGCCAGGGUUAGCACGAUCGAACGGCGCGCGGACGUCUCGGAAACUUUCAUCGAAAGUGGGCGGAAGCGUAGAUCCGAGACGCCCGUAAAUCUCUAACGGGAAGCGAAACACGCGCGUGCACGUUUCUUCGCGAGUUCGCGAGUCGGCGAAUUCGCGGCCACCGCGCCGUUCGUUCGGCAAAAAUUCGGAACAGCGUCCCCGAUCGACGACGACAGAUUGCCGUCCCGAUUCUUCGUUGCGCAAAUUGCAGUACUUUGCCGCGUUUAAUUGGAAGCUCGUUUGCGAGGCGGUGCAAUCCAGUCUCGCUUUCAUCGUUACCGUUGCACAAAGGCGGCUAGUUUUAGCGCUGCCUUCAACCACUGGGUAUAAUAUCGCCUCUCUCUUUCCCUCUCUGUCGUUCUUCUUCUCGUGGGACGAGGAAGCAGAAUGGAGGCGAUAGCAAAGCAUGAUUUUACGGCUACUGCCGAGGAUGAGCUUAGUUUUCGUAGAAGCCAAAUCCUCAAGAUUCUAAAUAUGGAGGAUGACAUGAACUGGUAUAGAGCCGAACUAGAUUCCAGAGAAGGACUCAUUCCAAGUAACUACAUAGAAAUGAAAAACCAUGACUGGUAUUACGGGAGGAUAACCAGAGCAGAUGCAGAGAGACUAUUAAUGAACAAACAAGAGGGCGCUUUUCUUAUUAGAAUUAGCGAGAGUUCCCCUGGAGAUUUUUCUCUGUCUGUUAAAUGUUCAGACGGUGUUCAGCAUUUUAAAGUGUUGAGGGAUGCCCAAGGAAAGUUCUUUCUCUGGGUGGUCAAAUUUAACAGUCUUAACGAAUUAGUGGAGUAUCAUCGAACGGCAUCCGUCUCUCGUUCACAGGAUGUUAAACUGCGAGAUAUGAUUCCAGAAGAAUGUCUAGUACAAGCAUUAUACGAUUUCAUGCCACAAGAACCUGGUGAACUUGAAUUUAAACGAGGUGAUGUAAUUACCGUAACCGACCGUACAGAUCAACAUUGGUGGCAUGGAGAAAUCGGCAAUAGACGGGGUCUCUUUCCAUCUACGUAUGUUACUCCUUAUCACUCCUAGGUUUCAUGUUAAACGCACAGAGGCCAGAAGCAUCGGCCACUAUAUACCACCACUUUCAUACAGGAUCAGAGUUGCAGCAGAAUUAAUCGACAAAAUUUUGCAAGCUCCGCCUAUCGAAUGGGCUACCAGGAUGUGUACGGUGGUCUAAAUGUCGAGUUGUUUGGCUUGGCUUGAUACACCAUUAGUACUCUUUAUUGGUCUCAUUGAAAAAGUUUCUCCGCGUUCAAUAAUACAAAUACAGAGAUGUAGAGUUGUAUCGCAUAGCAGCAGACAGGGUAGCAAGUUUGUUUCCUUCAUCAUUGAAUCGAUAAGAGAAUUUUUCACUGAGACUGAUAACGCUACUCGAAUUUAUAGUCAUUAUGCGUGUAAAAUAGACACAUCCCUUAAGCAUCUCAUAUUUCGGUUCCACGAGUUAUCGAGUAGAGAGUAGAUCUGAAAAUACAUUCAUAACAUUUACGUGUGAAAACGAAUCUUGAACUGGUAUUUUCUAUUUCUUGGUAGUCCAUUAAAAUGGAGUGAUCAAAUGCGAAGGUACAAUAUUAACCUUGCGUCUACAUCGAUUAGCAGGGAAUAUCGGCCAUAUUGAAUGAAAAAUACAUAUUGUUUCGAAGGACAGUUUUAUUACAGGGCUGACGCAAACAUUGUAUUUUUCAAUACGAGAAUACGCUAUUCGAGGAACGGAUGACCUUCGUAAUAAAGAGCCUAGUAUGCGAGAUACAAGAACUUUAUAUAGAUAUAGCAUUAAAGCGCGUCGCCUUUUGGCAUAAAAUGCACACUAUGCCUCUAUGUUGUGGAUAUUUUUACAAAUAAGAAGAGGAAAAUAAUAUUCCUCUAAUGAUUGAGACAAAUCUGAUGCUGAUGUAUCAGAUAUACUUGCUGUGUAUCAUAUAAUAUAGACUUGUACUUUCGGACUGUAUGUUGAGUAAUCGUUCAGACAAGUUUUGAGGCAAAUCUUUAAGUAUUAAGGAAGGUAUAUUUACUAUUCCUAUAAACUUUCUCAUUGUUCGAUUUCUUCCCAAUCUGUAAAACAGACUUUUCUUUCUUGAACUGUAUCACGUUUUUUCUAGAGAUUUUAUAACAUAAAGAAAAAAACAUGAAGGAAAAUUUUCAUUUUACACGAACAUGGUAUGUGUUAUGUAUUCUCAAUGGAACUCCAGUACAACGAGCGACUGAUUUAUUCAUUGUAAAGCGUUAGAAAUAAAUUAGCAAAACGAAGAAAACUUAGAGUCGAUAUGAAUUUGUGUUCCAUAAUGCAUUUUUCGACACAUGCCAACACGCGACAUAAUACCACAAAUGCGAAAUGGACUUGUCUGUUUGUAGAACGUGAAACAUGUAAUUCUUAAAAGGAUGGAAGUUCGUGUAUAUUUUUUAAAUACUUUCUUUUUAACAGAUUAUUUCGGCAUAUCUUACUUUUCUAUCUUCGUGUAAACAAUGAAAAUACGUAGCCCUAUUUUGUAAUUAUUAUUAUUAUUAUUAUUAUUAUUAUUAAUAUUAUUAUUAUUAUUAUUAUUAUUAUUAUUAUUAUUCGUUAUGUUACAUUUUAUUGAUAACAAUAUAUUAUAUUAAUUACACUCGCAUACUUCAUUUACUUACGCCCAUAAUCCACGAUAUUUUUGUCUAUACGAAGAAUGGUAAUUUCGAUUCUAUGAUUGGUUUUUAUAAAUGCACUGUAUACAAUUGAAUAGUGCAAUUGUAACAAAAAUUGUACUUAUGCAUGCACUACAUACAAAAUAAGUGAAAGCAAGGGGAGGCAUUUAUUCUAAAAUCAUAAUAGUUUUUCUUUUAAUUCAAAGACUGCAAUAAUUACAGAAUACAUAACCAUUCAAUUUCGAUAUUGAAUAUAAUACUAUAAUUAUGGACGUUUAAGAGUAAGAGAUUGAAAAGUAUACACAUACAUAGUUAUUUAAGCCCUUUUAUAUUGUCGAUACUUUUUGAAAUGAUUUAUAAUACUUUAUAUAGUUCCUAUUAAGGCAAGUAUUACCCUGAUAAAAUCAGGAAAACAGUCACAAUGCAUUGAAUAGAGAGCCUGAAACAGUAGCAAUUGUUUCAUUAAACUUUAAGGAAUAAUUAAAUUGUUAACAUUUUCAUUCUACCUUUGUAGUUUUAAUGUUACCAAAAAUGUAGAUAUAGAAUAAAUAUUUAUCAGAACUUUAGAAGAUUUUUAGCUUGUACUUUAAGUAAUACAAAAAUAUGUAAAUUCACUUGCACUUUGUAUUUAAGGAUUAAAUUGUGUCGAGAAAUGUUACUUGUACAUAUACACACACACACACAUAAAUAUGCACGUGAGCGCGUGUGUGUUUUUAGUUAUUUUAUUUUCAUAAUUUAUUAUGAAUCAUUAACAGUCAUUGUAAACAUGUUGCAUUCUUAAAUCCUUUAAACAUUUUUGCAUUGAUAGUUGUAAAACAUUGAAAAAUGGUACUAACUUACUUAC